UAAAGGGAAGCUUCCCGAGCAGAGUCCACAUUUGCUAGGUUAGAAACAGGAUCAGAGACACGAUGGGCCGGCGUGCAGGUAAAACCUCAGGUGUCGGGGACGUGGUCGUCUUGGCGGCGCUGCUGGGGCUCGCAGGCGGAGUUGUGGUCCCCACCACCUAUGGAGACGUGAACGGGGCGGAGUUACCGACCUCGUUCAUAGGGGGCGCUGUGUUUGACCGGAUCUACACCUUCAAGGGGAUUCCCUACGCCGCUCCGCCUGUGGGGGACCUCAGAUGGCGUCCUCCGCAAGACCCUAGCAGCUGGACAGGUGUCCGCGACGCCUCGGAGUUCGGAAACAGGUGCCCCCAGAUCUUCAACCCGGACGAUGUUCCCCUGAUCGACCCGAUCUGGGCGGAAACCAUCUUCUUUCACAGCAAGGCGGAGGGCGAGGACUGUCUGUUCCUGAACGUGUACACUCCGAAGGUUGAUGCCACUGCCAACCUGCCAGUGAUGGUUUGGCUCCAUGGCGGCGGGUUGAUCGGUGGCAGUGGCGACACGUACCCAGCAGAGAUCCCGACAGCUUUUCACAACGUCGUCAUGGUAACGGUCAACUAUCGUCUGAGCAACCUGGGCUUCAUGCCGACACUGGACGACGACUCGCCGGGUAACUUUGGUCUUGUGGAUGUGAUGAAAUCUCUUGAGUGGGUGCAAGGCAACAUCCGGAACUUCGGAGGAGAUCCCGACAGAGUCACCAUCUUCGGGGAGUCCGGCGGAGCCUGGGCCGUCUCCCUGCUCGUCAUGUCUCCCAUGGCAACGGGACUGUUCCACCGGGCCAUCUCUCAGAGCGGCGUGGCGGGAGUGCAGAGUAGCCAGAAGGGGGACCUCACACGGACGGAGACUCUCGCGCGCGGGUUGAACUGCACCACGGCCUCCUACGACGACAUGAUGAGCUGUUUACGAGGAAAGUCGAGCCAAGAAAUCACGAAGACGCUGGACCCGAACCUCGCCUUCAUGAUGAACGUGUCAGUAGUGGUCGGCGGCAGCUUCCUCCCGGAAAGUCCUUGGGACAUGAUGCACAAGAAACAGGUGAACAAGGUUGACUACCUUCUGGGUACCAAUAAUGACGAGUUCGGCUUCUGUAUGGUGGGAGUGCUCGGACCGGCGUUCAUGACAACAGACGAGAUGACCAGAACCGAAUUCGAAGAUAAUCUACCGAAUCACUUGCUGUGGGUUGCUGAUUAUUUGGGCGGCAGACCCAGCGCGCUUGUGAAGCCUGUUACAGACCAGUACCUGGACACUGACACUGCAGACGACCCGGUCGCCACACGCGGUCGGUACCUCCAGCACCUCACAGACUCCUGGUUCACCGCACCUACGCCCACUCUAUCCGAGUCUACCAGUACGAGUUCCAAGACCCACACGUCCUACUUCACGACCAGACCGGCCCGGGUCAGAGCCGACCACGCCGACGAUCUGUGGUACCUGUUCGGGGUCCCGCUCAUGCGCGACGAGAACGCAGCAUGGAAGUACAACUUCAGCGAGGAGGAACGUGAACUGAGUCUGGACAUGAUGGCGUACUGGGUCAACUUCGCCGCUAACGGGGAUCCUAACGACUUCAGCGGAGCAGCGCGCAUGCGUGACCUUGCAAAGUGGCCACGUCACACGCCGUCAGGUCAAGAGUACCUCCGGCUGAACGUGACGUCAUCUGCUGACGUCAGGCUGCGGGAGUCCCGGAUGAAGUUUUGGAACGAGGAGGUGCCGAGGCUGAUGGGAAAGAAGAUUCGAACCGCCAGGCCGGACGAACUUUGA